GUUCUUUUGAUCGGGUGUUCGGGUGGCUUUCCUCUGCGCUUGGGAUAAUAUGCUGACGUUUCUCCUCCUUUUAAUCGCCAUGACUGGGGCGUCCGCCGAAGGGGACCAAGACACGCGGGCCUCACCAGCCUCCCUGCGUCCAAGACAGAAGAAGCAGCUGAUAUACGAUGUCCUUGAAGUCCUAGCAGCAACCAUCCCGGGAGGCGGGGUACCUGGCCUUGAUUACCCUAUCUUAUCGUCUGUUCCUCGCACCAAGUUUUCCUGUCACGACUACGUCGGGUAUUUCGCCGACAGGUCCCCAGAGGCUCGGUGUCAGGUGUACUACGUCUGCCAGGGAGCCAAUCGCAGGGACGCGUUCCUGUGCCCGAACGGGACGAUCUUCAACCAGGGGCUUCUGAUCUGUGAUUGGUGGUUUAAUGUCGAGUGCGGGCCAAUCAGCGGCGCGGUUGUUGAUGAACAUCCUGUGAAGUCUAAACAGAUCGCGUUUAUACCAAGCACCAUUGAAACGAACCCUAACCGUCCCCUUGACUUUUCAUUAAAUGUCUCUCCUUCUACUACAGUAGUUCAAUCCUCCCUUGAAUCGUACGUAGCCCAAGACAAAAGUGAAAAGUAUAAGGAAAUAGAGGAUGAUGGCAAUGAUAAAACUCCAUUCACAAUAUACCACAACACAGUCUUUUCAGAGAAACAAGCAACAGCAGAGAAGAAUCGAUUUGAACCUCUCAGACCUGCAACUACAAUUGAUAACGAUAAUCUUAAGACUUAUGUGACUGUUCAAGCAACUAAGACUGGCAAUGAUGCGUCACAAAGACCUUUCCAUGAAGGGAAUGCAAUACCCAUUGCUAGAACCUAUGAACUUCCAGUAUUUGAAUACUCAGUUAUAAAUCAUCCUAGUGGUUUACAUACGUCAUCCCACAAUACGACAGUUGGCAACUCUAGAGAAACUUACACAACAGAAGUUAUACGUGAUUCUACAAUAUUCACUGGCCAGGGAGGCUUGCAGGUAUAUGAAAUACCAGGCGCAGUCACUGCGACGUAUGCAGACUUGAACGAAUACGCAACAAUUCCCCUCGUAAGCACUGCUUACAGUACCCAAAGGAAGACAACAGCGGUGCCUACUGUGUCUGCAAAAACUCCAGUUCAGAAUAUUCACAAUGAACCUAAAAGUGAAUACACUGUUCUGUCAGUAGCUACUACUUAUCCAGGGCCUUUGGAUAGAUCAGUGCCUGAUUUCAAGGAGAGUUUUGACAGUUCACAAUUCAGAGUGAUAUAUUUAGACCCAACUCCCACUUCAGACCUGUACGAAAAACCAAAAGAUGAAGCUUCCAUCACUUCAGACCUGUACGAAACACUAAGAGAUGAAGCUUUAAUCACUUCAGACCUGUACGAAACACCAAGUGAUGAAGAUUCAAUCACUUCAGACCUAUACGAAACAAGAGAUGACACUUCAGUCACCUCAGAAUUGUACGAAACAAGAGAUGACACUUCAGUCACCUCAGAAUUGUACGAAACAAGAGAUGACACUUCAGUCACCUCAGAAUUGUACGAAACAAGAGAUGACGCUUCAGUCACUUCAGAAUUGUACGAAGCACCUAGAGAUGAAGCUUCAAUCUCUUCAGACCUCUACGAAACACCAAGAGAUGAAGCUCCAAUCAUACUCACUAACUCAAGGAAGUCUCCACUCGAUCACCUGCUGAUGCACAUGAUUAUACAAGAGGCCGAAAAAGCAGGUGAUGCUUUUGGCCAGGUGCCCCUGUACGAGACGCCAGAAAUUCCAAGGCACCAAUCAUCACGUCAAAUCACCCAAGGGGUUUUAAAAGUGGACCUAAAUUAUAGUUCUCGAUCUUCUGAAGAAGAUUCUGAGUCUAGUGCUGAUGAAUCGAAAUAUUCUACGGCUCAUGAUAUUAUUCAAGAUUCCACUGCAGAGGGUCAUUCUUUUCUUAGAGAAGAGACUUAUUCUCCAAAAGAAGAGGAGUAUCCAUUUCAAAAGAGAGAAUUCUCUCCUUCAAAGCAAGACUAUUCCCGAGAAAAUGUUUCUCCACAAAAAGAUGCUUAUCCUCCACCACGAGUAGCAUUAUCUCCACCACAGUUUGAGUAUUCUCCAACUGGAAAUGAAGACUGGCCUCCACAAAAUGAUUACUCUCCUCACCAAGGUGAAUAUUCACCUUCCCAGGUACAAGAAGACCCGUCUUUGAAAGACUAUUCUGUUUCACAAGACUCUAGUCCUCUCAUUUUUAGAAAGCCCACGACAGGACCCAAAUAUCCUCUCUCGCCCACAGAUACAAUUAGUAUUUCAAAAUCUACAUCCUUUGGUCCACUCUUCCGCCACAUAGUGCUUGCAAAUUCAUUCCCCCUGUCCCGAUAUGCGCCUCUUUCGUAAAGCAUCAUGCUUAGUAAAAAUAUUACACUAGCCAAUACAGUGAAACUUCAUGAUUCACUAUUAAUUUCUAGCUUUCAAGUUAGAAUCGUAUUGCGGAUUUAUGGAUGUGAUUGUAAAACUAAAAUACUUGCCUAUAUAAAAGGAAAGGAUGGAUAUGUGGGAGAGGAGGUGGGUAAAUAUAUAUUGUAUUUCGUGUCAAAGCUCAAGCUAUGGGGUCAAAAAAGGCCAUUCAUUACCGCAAUAGAAGACCAACAAAAUGAUAGUGAAAAGGUGGCUGGUGUGAAAUAUAAAAGUAUAUAAUAAAAUGUUACAACGUUGCAGUGAUGACUGAUAGAAAAAUGUACGCAAAUACACAAAAUAAAAUUUUCGAAAAAUUCUGAAUUUUAUUGAGAAUAAUCGGAAUACCUUUGAAAAUUAAAUACAAGCUUUAUUACCAUCCCUACCCCCGGAAUCUCAGUCAAGGAUUUACAAUGUACAAAAGAGGCAUCUCUGUCCGAAAUUCAUGUGAAAACCGUUUAUGUAUUAUUCUCAAACUGCAAUGUAGCAUUAAUUUUCCAUGCGCUGCAAAGAACUUCAUUAAUAAAGGAUAUAGAUGUAUGCAUGCACACGCAUAAA